AUGACAGUCUUAUUGCAUUCAGGUGGUGCGAUCUAUUCGAUAGACAUUCAUCCGAAUGGUUCAAAAAUAGCGACGUGUGGUCAGGGGAAUGAGGCGAGAUCGGGUUUAGUGGUGAUUUGGAAUGUGGAUCCAGUGAUAAGCGAGAAGAAAGCGCAGGAUACGUCGUGCAGUCGAUUGCUGUCACGAAUGCUUCAUGAG